AUGUUUUCAAAUACGGUACCGAUGUUGCUCAACAACAAAUGUGAACCUACUAUUCAAUGGUGCCAUUGCAGUCACUCAUGGAGCUCUGAUAUCGCCGAGCAAUGGCUAGAGAAACUCCAAUUGAGGCGGGUGUUUGGAUUGGACAACUCCGGCAACAGGCAGCUCAAAUCAUUUGACAGCAACACACCGAGCAAAUUGCUCAACCAAUUCCUCAAAUGGUUCAACAAGCAGCUCCAGCCACAAGAAGUUCAGCAGAAAAGUCCAUCAAGAUCAUCAGGUGGUUUCAUACAAAAAUUCGCCCAAUUCGUUCAGAGGAAAACAUCGAGUGAGGCAAAGUUGCCGGAUGAUUCAAAUCCGAAAGUUCGAUAUGAUCCAGUGCUCAAUCAGUGGGUUAGUGAUGGAGUGGAGGAAGAAGUGUCCCCAGCACCACCUCCAAUGAUGUCAGCAAUGGGUCCAGCUCCAGCUGAGGCCUGC